CCACACUUGCCUUUAGAACAGUCGCUGCCACCAGUGAGAAAGAGGCUUAACUUCCACGAGGGGCGGGGCUUUGCACUUGGGCAAACUUGAAACAGUGAGGACACAGCCCUGCAGAGAAGGGAUCAAAUCUGCCAGAGGCAGUCCUGCCUUUCUUUCCUGUCCAGCUGAAAUCAUUCGAACACUGGUGUUCCACUACUGGCAAGAAAACACGGUCAACCUGAUAGCAACUAUGAGUAAACAAACGAGCCAUGGGUAUGACAGUGCUCUCGGAAUACAAGAGUCUUUCAUGAUGCAGAACUAAUAAACUAAAAACAUAAAUAUAAAUGAACAGCAAUGGACCAACAGGAAUGCAGUCAUUCUGAACCAUGUAUGAAGAACCAACGUGCCAGAGGAUCAGAGCUGAGAAUCAUGCUGGUGGGCAAAACAGGAACCGGCAAAAGUGCUACAGGGAACAGCAUCCUCAGGAUGCAAGCAUUUGAAUCGCGGCUGAGUGCCCAGUCCAUCACUAAGACUUGCAGUAAACAUGAGGGAAGCUGGGGAGGGAGGGAGAUGGUCAUUGUUGACACACCGGAUAUGUUUUCUGGGAAGGACCACUCUGAUUCCUUGUACAAAGAGGUGUGGAGAUGCUACUUACUCUCUGCACCAGGACCCCAUGUGCUGCUCCUGGUGGCCCAGCUGGGCCGAUUCACUGACCAGGACCAGCAGGCUGUGCAGAGGGUGAAGGAGAUCUUUGGAGAAGAUGCCAUGAGACACACAAUUGUCCUCUUCACCCACAAGGAAGACCUGGAGGGAGAAUCCGUGACGGAUUACAUCCGCGACACAGAUAACAAAGCCCUGUGCAAGGUGGUGGCAGCAUGUGGGGGCAGAGUGUGUGCCUUUAACAACUGUGCUACAGGGAGUGAGCGGGAUGGCCAAGUGAGGGAGCUAAUGGAUGUUAUUGAGGACCUGGUGUUGGAGAAAAGGGGUGACCACUAUACCAAUGGGCUCUACAGCCUAGUAACAGCAUCAGAAUGUGGACCUGUGUGGUCAGAGGAAAGGUUCAAGGAUUUCAAAAGAGAUCUUGUGAAGUACAUGCAAAUUCAGAGACGUUACUCAGCUGAAUCAAAUGGCCUGAAACAAGGCCUAAUCAAAACAUUCGUCUUUAUUUUAUUUUGUAUUCAUUUGUUCGCCAAAUUCCCAGUUCUGUUAUUGUGUCCAUUGUACAGAGUGUGCAACUUGUUUUACUGCUUUCUCGUUAGAAUGUGCAGUUUGUCCUGUAGAUUGCUGUUCUUUAUAGCUGGAAUACUGAUGACAAUUUUGAGAAAGAUCACUGGGCUGGAAUGCAUAACUCGUAGAGCAUAGUUACAGGUCAGCAAUUAUUUACUCACUGCCGUGUAUGGGGUGAGUCCAAGUGCUUCCCCUGUAAAAUGCAGUGCCUGACAUCAGUAAAUGUUUGAGAUUCUGUAAA